CGUGCAUUUCUGUGUGUGUGCGUGCGUGUGUAGGGGAGGCUGGAGCGGGGUGGGACUGAAGAGCCGUGAUUACAGCUCUCCCCGGAGAAGAAGAUUGCUCUCUCCAGAUGCUGAUUUCUGAAGCACUUGGCAAUCAUCAGGCGGGAGCCUGGAACAGGCGGCGGUAGCCGCCCCGGCCGCGGCGAUGGCAGCGCCAGGCGAGCAGGCGGCGGCGCGGGGCUGAGGGGCAACCCCGGGAGGCGACGCUGCCGGUCGGGCUCGACCCGACCCGGCCCGACCCGCCCUGACCGGGCGCGGCUCUGCCCCGAGUCCCGCUCGUCCCGCUUUGCUCGGCGCCACCAGCCAGCCCGCGGACACCCGCCACCCAAGCAGGUGGUCCUGCGCCGGGACACGGCGGGAGCGGCACCCAUGCGGUGACCCGCGUUGGCGGCGGCAGCUCCUGCGGGCCGCAGGGCGGGAGUGACCCGCUGUAGCCGCGCCUCGGCCCGGAGAAGGCUCCCGCUCGCCCGCGCCCCCGGGGAUGGGUCCCCGCCGGGGCUGAGCCCCGCCGCCGCCCUCCCCGCUGCCCGUGGGCGAGCCGGCAAGCAGCCAUGGCAGCGGCCAUCGCCAGCGGCUUGAUCCGGCAGAAGCGGCAGGCGAGGGAGCAGCACUGGGACCGGCCCUCGGCCAGCAGGAGGCGGAAUAGCCCUAGCAAGAACCGCGGGCUCUGCAAUGGCAACCUGGUGGACAUUUUCUCCAAGGUCCGCAUCUUCGGGCUCAAGAAGCGGCGGUUGCGGCGCCAAGAUCCCCAGCUCAAGGGUAUAGUGACCAGGUUAUAUUGCAGGCAAGGCUACUACUUGCAAAUGCACCCCGAUGGAAGUCUCGAUGGAACCAAGGAUGACAGCAGUAAUUCUACUUUAUUCAACCUUAUACCAGUGGGACUUCGAGUUGUUGCUAUCCAGGGUGUAAAGACUGGGUUGUAUAUAGCCCUAAAUGGAGAAGGCUUCCUCUACACAUCAGAACUUUUUACUCCAGAGUGCAAAUUCAAGGAGUCUGUUUUUGAAAAUUAUUAUGUAAUCUACUCAUCCAUGCUCUACAGACAACAGGAGUCCGGGAGGGCCUGGUUCUUGGGGCUGAACAAAGAAGGGCAGGUCAUGAAAGGAAACAGAGUGAAGAAAACAAAACCAGCAGCUCAUUUUCUACCCAAGCCAUUGGAAGUUGCCAUGUAUCGAGAACCAUCUUUGCAUGAUAUUGGAGAAACAGUGCCAAAGGCUGGGGUAACUCCAAGUAAAAGCACAAGUGCAUCUGCAAUAAUGAAUGGCGGCAAACCAGUUAACAAGAGUAAGACGACAUAGCCAGAUCCUCACAGGUGUUGUGACUUUCUGAGUCCUGAGUACAGUUGAGCCAUUUAUCCUCGCCAGACUUCCCCGCUGCAGUGUCUGUGGAUCAGCUUGCGGCAAGUCACAGACUUGCCCGUUGCUGUUUCUGAACUGAGUUGUUGCAAGUGGAUAAAUCUCAACAUGUAGCUCCACCCACAACAAGAAGACACCUGGAUGAACCAGCUAAACUCAGACCAUGGAAUGCCCUACCAGAUAUUGGAAUGCCUUUUUAAUAUCUUUUCUGUGACUGUGACACUUCAUGUGAAUGACAUACUUCACAAGUACACUUGAUACCUUGCCUGCUGAAAAUUGCCCAUAAUCCCUUUUUGAGUCCAGUUUCAGCAAAAUCCAUGUGUUUAAGUUCUAUUUUGUAGCACACAAAUAAUCAAGUAAUUUCUAGUUAGAUGCUGUAAACCUGUGCUAUUAUGGAUUUCUCUUCUUCCCUUUUUUAUAAGGCUGCUUGCUCCACUGUCUGUGACCUUUUGCAGGGAUUGUGUUUCUAUAUAACUUAAGUGUUGCCGGUGGCUUAGUUUUGAAAGCAAUCAGGGAAUCAGGAAGCCUUCAAAAAUCUAUUAUUCCAAAUUAUAUCUAUAAAGAAUAGGAUUGUUGUCUCUGGCUUACAAUAUUGAUUAAAUGUGAAUACUCUUUAGAGCAGAUACUGUGCUUCUGAGGUUGGCAUUAUAGUGGAGGGAAGAGCGUCAAACACAACCAACAGGAAGUUUUCUGAAACAAGUGUUUGGCAUCCCCCUUUAGUUUCUUUUUGUGUGUGUGUUUUAUACAUAUCACAGGCUUACUGGUAAUGGUAACAUUUGCCUUGCCCAGCGAGCAAGACCCACUCAUUUUUGGGAAAGUGGGUCCAAAGAAUUUUGUAGGCCUUGUAGGCCUGAAUUAAGGCUCAUUUUUCAUCUACUAAAUCUUCAUUGUUUGAAAAACAACCACUACCAAUUAAAAAAAAAAGAUAAAAAGUAAGUAAGACUAACCAGAAUUGCGCUACCUAAAUCCAUUUCGAAUAUAAUCCUUUCCUUUUUUUAAGGAACUGAACUCAAUGCCACUGUUAUUUUUGGCUGAAUCCCACUCCUACUUAGCAAAGCAUGGGCAAGGGUGUCGUUGUGUUCUUUUUUGCAGCACCAAUGCAAAGGGUAGUUACAAAUUAUAGUUUAAUAUUUCUGGUGUUUUAAAAAAAAAAGUUUUAAAACUGGACAUAUUACAAACCUUUGUUUUUCUUUUUAGCUAAGCAUGCAAAGUCCGGUCCUAUGUAUCUCACUGAUAUCCCAGUACAUACCUCCACCCAGCUUCCUAGGAUAAUACGCCCACCAAAUUGCUAGAUUGAAGGUGCCUUGCCUUGAUCUCUGUAUACUGUACUUUCUCCUACAUGAACCUAGAAGAAAUCAAAAACAUUAUAAAAUUGAAGCCUUGGAUCAUAUUACCAGAAACAACAUCAACCCUUUGAGUUUGCCACUUGUGAACUAUUAAACCAAUGUUGAGGAGGGAGGGAGAUUUAUAGAAUACCCCAGAGAUGCCACUGAAGUGUUACACGCUUAGUCACAAGCUUUCAGAAGACUAAAAAUAUGGGUACUCUAUGUAUGCUUAGGAAGGUAUUUGUUUCUCAGAGAGGGCAACAAGGACCAAACUGUACCUCAGUCUGGAAAAUUGUGUGACAAUGCUCUCUUGGCCUCUUGCUGUUACCUUGAUAUUUAAAGACAAAAAAAAAUGGAAAUCACACAUUCUUUUUUUAGCACUAUAUUUCUGGUAGUUUAUCACAUCUUUGUGCUGAAGUCCCUAGCAGAGACAGCAGGUUAUUCAAACUCCCUCUCUGCUCAGCUGAACUGAUUCAGUCUGAAUGAAGUCUUCAUGCUAGUUUUCAAACGUGUUCUGUUUUUAUAAGCAACAUUUAGUGCACUCUUCUAGGAGGCUACUGUAAAGCUGCUAUAAUAUAGAUUUUAUGUUUUUUUUGUAGGCCAGACUUCCUUGUUUAUAUAUGUACUAUGAGAACAGCAAGCUAACACUUGAUGUCGGGUCUUUCUAGGGAGGGAAUGAGUUAAGCAUGAAACCCACUAUCCAUGUAGAUUAAAAAAAUAAAAUACACACCUACUCUAAUACUGUGAUAAAAAUGCAAAGAAACUUUGACUUAGACUGUGCCCUUGCCUGCUAGCACUAAGUAUGCGUGCUUGGGGAAAACAACACUUUAUUAAAAACUUUGGUGCACCCUUCUCAUCCCACCUGGUCCAGUGGGAUUUGUGCGCCAUCCCUGAGAAAACAAAACCAAACCAAACCAAAGCAACCUACAUGGUGAUCUGGGAGCUUGCUCUGCAUCUGGAGGACCAAUGGGAGGCAGCAGUCUUGAUGUUGUACUGUCUGCUGGGUCCCUGAUGAGGCCCCAGGCUUUCCCACAAUAUUUUGAAUAAGAUAAUACAGCUGAAGGCUACACUCCUUCCUCUCUUACCUGAAUUGUGUAAGAGUUCACGAGGAGGAAAUGACGUGUUCAUGCCCCAUCUCCAGCCGUCUUUUCACUCUCCCAGUGUAAAAGCUUGGGAAGAGCAGGGCUGGGGACCUGGCUGAGCCAUGCAAGGAGGUUCUGGUUCACGGCCUGAUGCUACAUAAAAAUUGUUUUCAAUAUUAAACUUCUGAUCCUGAGUCAUUAUGAUCUGCAAACCAGCUUGGGAGGCUAUAAUUAAGGCACGAUUUAAUUUUUGUAAGCAGUUAGUACAUACUGGAAAUAAUACAGCAUUUUGUUCUCAUUUUCCAUUUUUGUUUCUAUGGGCUAAAUCCAUAUGUGAGUUUAAUCCACUGAAUAGAUGUCCUAAAAAUAUUUUUUCUACAGUCUGUUUAAACAUGGCAAAGGAGUCUUUGUGCUUUGUUUCCUCCCUUUAAUUUUGUCUUGUUUCAUAUGUUGCAUGGGAAGAUGGCAAAGAUGAACUGCAUGUAGUAGGUCGUGUCUGUCAAAGGUCUGUUGGUCAGUAUUUCUAAAUUUACAUACAUUUAUGCAAAGAGUUUGUCUGCAUUGUACAAUUUGUGUUUAUUCUUAUUUGUUGUAUAACACAGAUUCAACUUGAUGAAUAAAACAUUUAUAUGAAGGCAUACCAGAAAACAAUAAAAAAGUUUAUGUAAGAAGUAGAGCGUGCAAAACAUCAUUGCACUGGCCACAGGAUGGUGAAACUUCAUGUAAAUAGGUUGGCAAACUCAGUUCUCCCCUUUUACCAUGCCAAAGAAAAUUUUAGCUCCUUAAUAUAAUACCUCUCUUGCUGUUCUCCAGGAUGAGACUUCACCAUUUUCUUCCCUCUAAAAUUAAUUUUGCUGUUAAGUGAAAGCCGUUUUCAACUGUCUGUUACUACUAAAGUACUGUAUAGUAAACCUGAUGGAAUCAAUUUGUAUUUACAGACUGGGGUUUUUGUACUUAACAUGUCCAGCUGUCUGUGAAUCUGCAGCGUUCCAGAUCUUUUGCAUGCUUGCUUUGUAUUUUGUUCUUCUAGGUUUUAUCUAAUCUCUGAGAGACUGUUUGCACAGCAAUCCAACCUCAUCUUACCAUUGCAUAUGUUAACAACACUGCACCUACUCAUUCUGUCUUUCCUAUUUUCUUAACCUGUAUUUCAGCUACAGUUCUAUUUGGCAAAGUCAGUCACACGUGCACGGAUUUAGACGUCCAGUUUUAAGCAGAUAGGAACUACUUCAACAAAGCACGGGUUUGUUGCACUUCAAAGAUUUUAUAAAUACACAAGAAUCCUUAUGAGAUUGUUCAUAUGAUAGGGCCUCUGGAAAGGUGUCUAUAGCUUUUAAGUGCUUUUUAGUUCACAUAACACUGCUUUUGCUUUAUUUCCUGGGGGGUUUAGCCACUCUCAAAUAAUUUUUUAAUAUACUGUCAUUUUCAUAAACUUUAACUUGUGUAGAGUCAGGUUGGUUCUUAACACCCUCCCUACACACACCUCCCCUCAGAAUAUAAAGCAGUUCAGUUUGACAAUGGUAUAUACCUGAAACAAUACUAAGAACUCUGACUUUUUCUAUAUAUAUUGGGAACCUUUCGAUCUUGGUUGAAAACCAGUGUAAGCAGUGAGGUAUGAAAGCAGGCAGUUUGGUCCAUGCAUUAAAAGUGCAUCUAUCUUGCUGAUCCAUCCGUUUGUUGGCAUAAAGAAGAAAUUAUUUGGCUCUAUUCAAAUGGGAAUGCACGUAAAAUUAGACUAAGUAAGGAGAUUAUCUUUCUUUUAAAAGUCCCCUUAGAUAAACUCCUAUUCUCUGCAAUGCUUUUUAAAAUCUCUAGUAACAAGGGGGUUUUGUGAUGACUAAUGCAAAUGCCAUGACUUAUUUUUAAAGAUGUAAUAAAAUUUUUCUUCUGUUACUUAGUCACAGAAAUAUUCAACUUAGCUUUCUUCAUGCUGGUAUCAUUUAGCUACAAAGUGAAAAAAGGGUCACAAGUAGGUCAAUAAUUUAUAGAAGGAAAUUAGUCCACAGCUGGUUUAUAGGUGAUAUUAUAGAUAUAUUAUAUACAGUAGGCAUAAUCCUACAAGUUGAUUGCAGAAGCAUUCAGCACACUUCUGGAUUGUGCUCUUUCUUUCAUAAUAAGAAAGAAAGAGUAUAGUGUCUUUUGUUUAUAAGGUUUAUAAAUCCAGCCAGUACAAAAUGCAUCCAAUUUGGUUUUGUCGUAUUUUGCCUUUUGCCACAGGCCUAAAAGCAAUUUUUUACAGUCACUGGGUAUGAAGAAUCAAGCAUUAUGUUCCAAUCCCUUAUACCUCUUCUUGCUUUUACAGUUUAUGUAUCUGGAAUUCCCAUCACAGGGAAUGAGGUGCAAAAUCACAAUUUAUUAAUACAGCUAUUAUUUUCACAUAUGUGGAAUAAUAAUCCUGUUCCUUCUGAUCUCAUUUUUUAGCGAGGAAAUGAGCCACAAAACAGAUCUGCUGGGAGUUACAUCACCAGCUACCUUAGCAGGAAGAGUGGGGGGAAUGUUCAAGCAACGUUAUAAGAAACAGAAUAAAAAUUGGAAAGGAAUUUAUGCAUACCUUAUAUUUUUAGUAGUCUUAGUUAUACUUCAAGGUUUAUAGCGAUAGCACCAUUUUGUUUGCUAAUUUACAUUUUAACAAACCACUGACAGUAGCUGUCUUAGAAUAUUCUACUAUUUUUUGUAUAUGUACUUUAACAAAUGAGUUGGGUAACUUUUUCUGAAAUGCUGUGGCUACAUAAUCCAUCCAGUAGCCAAAAUACUGGAGCUGAUUGGGUUAAAAAAAAAAAUAAAAUAAA